UCUUGGAAGCUCUGGGUUAGGAGAGGGGGAGGAGGAGCGGAGAAUGAGCUAUUCUUGUACCAGCAGAGGCAACAGCCAGGACCCAUCAACCGCUAAGAAGGCUGCCGGUAAUAAUCCGGGCAGAGGCACUGACAGCAGCAGUAGCGGCAGCCCGAAGCAAACGGCAUUGAUGAAAGUGAAGAAAGGCUGCAACUCGACCGACGUGGGGGUCCCGGGGACCAUGGAGGAGGACCUGCAAGGCAACACGGUGAUCACUCCGGAUGAUGUUCUGGGCUUGCAGAACAUCACAGAGAAUUAUCUGUGCAGCUCAGACGAAAACAUUUACAACAUUGACUUCACCAGGUUCAAGAUCAGAGAUAUGGAAACCGCCACAGUGCUGUUUGAAAUCACCAAACCUCCAUCCAUAGACAAAGCAGGAGAGAAGAGGGAUGUUGACCCAAACGCCGGCCGAUUUGUCCGUUACCAGUUCACCCCCGCUUUUCUCAGAUUGCGACAAGUUGGAGCCACAGUUGAGUUCACGGUCGGAGACAAGCCAAUAGAAAACUUCAGGAUGAUCGAGAGACAUUAUUUUAGAGAGAAGUUGCUCAAGAGUUUUGACUUUGAGUUUGGCUUCUGCAUGCCCAGCAGCAAGAACACCUGUGAACACAUCUAUGAAUUCCCACCUCUGUCUGAGGACAUCAUCAGAGAGAUGGUCCUGCACCCGUAUGAGACACAGUCCGACAGCUUCUACUUUGUGGACAAUAAGCUGGUGAUGCACAACAAGGCGGACUACUCUUACAACGGCGGGACAUAGAGAUGACACGCUGACACGAGAGACAGGUGGAUGUAUGGACUGACCUAAGAGACGAUCGGAGUACACUGGUGGAGUAAACAUGCUGUAAAUCCAGUAUGUCUCUCUCUGUUUAUUUCUGUCUUUCUUACGCUGAGAGAUCGCCAUCCAGAAAGUGAGUUCGUGUGUGUGUGUGUUUUUAGCUAAGCCUAAAAAAAAGCCCCACACACAGUUCACAGCUUGUGUGGCGUUGCUGUUACAAAGUGUAUUUGUGACAUGAUAAACCAGCAAGUAAGCAACUUUUUAGGAAAUAUCAGAUGGUUUUUCGCUCUCAAAAAAAGAAAAAAAGACUAUCUUCAAAUAUUCAUAAAAAAUAUUUUUUUCAUUCCUGUAAUGUUAGUGUGUAGGAACAAACAUUGCAUCUAAAAAUGUGUGUUUUUAGGACUUAAGUCAUAGUGUUUGGGGAAAUUAUUUCCCGGAUUCAAUGAGUGAGUAUGUGUGUUUGUGUACUUUGUAUGACUGUCUGUCUGAAGCAUGACUUAUAGUCUGAGAAAAAGAAAUACUAAUAUUUAAAGAAUAAUGUGGUCAUCUGGUGUGCAGAGGUCGAAUAGAUUUCCAAAACCUGUUAGCACAUUUUUCUACACAGUAAGCAGUAGUUGGUUCAUCAGACAGGUUUCCUCUUUUCGUCCCUUUGUUCCGUAUUUAUUUCUCGAGUCAUGUGACCCGUUUUAACUGUAGGGCACAUGUGCUUAUUGUCUUUGCUCAAAGCACAACAUCUCUGCAGCUUUGUCAGCUGUGUACUAGCUGCACUUUUCCAGCCUCAUGUUGCUAUGUUUAGGCGAUAAAGAAGUUGUUAAAACCUUUUGUAAAGUUGUGUGUCCAAGUUUAAAGUUUUUGCUGUUUGGAAACUUUUCAUGAGAGAAGAAAAGGAAAACUUGUAAAUGUUGAUAUUUUUCAGUCAGAUUUGUGUUGCAAAAAGGAAGAUUUGAGGUAAUGUAGCAGAAAUCACCCUUACAUGUUAUAUAGUUUUGUUUGUACAAGUAUUGUGAAGUUAAAUUUUGUUUCUGUGGCAGUCCUCAUGUCUUUUAUGUCCAUGUGUUGUUUCUCUGUUGUCUGAUUGCUGCUAUCUGAUCGCUCAUUUCUGUCUCAUUGUUUUCAGAAACAUUCCGGUGAGUAAGGACCUGAGUGUGUUGAUCUCUUGUUAUUUGAGGGCAUUUAUUACACAGGGAAUCAGUAACUGAUCUGUCUUAGGACAACUCUAAAUUGUAAUAUGCACACUUUGCUUCCUCUCUGUCUGUGCUGAGACGCAACCAAUCUACCUUUUUUUCAAAAUAUCUGCACAUAAAUGUGUGAUUUGAUUCACUAUAUAAUCAGUUUAGUGAUCCUACUUAAAUUGCCGUAAACUCCACCCACCUGUUGCAGAAAGUGUAUUCAAACAAAUGCUGCAAAUGAUUUGCAAAUACUAGUUGAGCCAGGUCUAUGAAGAAAUGCAACCAGUUUAAAGGAUAUUACUAAAUGCAGCUGUUGUGUUCAGAUCAACACAAGAGAAGGGUGGAAAUUGAUUUUAGAUUGUCUUUAGCUUAAAGUGAUUAAAAUCCGGGGGACUUUUUUUUGGGCCGAUUACACGUACAGGGAAUAAAGUAGCAAAUCUGCUAAAAGUAGUGAAAUCAACACCUGAGAUAAUAACAGAUUGACUUGAAUUAUAUGUCAUAAAAUGUAACGCAGAUAUGUAGAACACAUUUAUUUAUGACCAAUUGUGACUCGUGUACAAAUUAUUUUGAACUCAUGUAAAGUUUUUGACGAUUCAAAUGUUGGUAAAAAAUAAAG